ACUAUGGUCAAGCACGCAGCCGGGGCUCACACGCCUGUGGGCUCCAAGCCUGGUACCCAUGCAAGAGACGCCCUGGAGCCUGCAUCCUUGGGUGCCCUGGCGUACCUAGUGUUGAGGUCUCCAUGUGCCGAGUCACUGUACGGAACUGCCUCAGACAUUCAGUGCCUGGACCCGCAUUGCUAGUAACCUUCCUGAACUGAUUGACAAUGGGAAGCUUCGAGAAGAAGUUGAGAAGCUGCCAGUACUCAACAUUGAUGAGCUGAGAGGACAUAGGUUGCAGCGCCUGGCACAUUUGGCUCUGGGGUACAUCACCAUGGCGUAUGUGUGGAACCGAGGAAAUAGUGAUAUUCGAAAGGUGCUGCCCAGAAAUAUCGCUGUUCCCUACUGUAAACUCUCAGAGAAGCUGGGGCUGCCUCCCAUUCUGUCUUAUGCAGACUGUGUCCUGGCGAACUGGAAGAAAAAGGAUCCCAAUGGGCCUAGGACAUAUGACAACAUGGACAUUCUGUUCUCAUUUCCCGGUGGGAACUGCGGUAAAGGCUUCUUCCUUGUAUCUCUAUUGGUGGAAAUCGCAGCUUCUCCUGCAAUCCAAGCGAUCCCCACUGUAUUCAGUGCAGUACAGAAUCAAGACCAGAAAACGUUGGCAAGGGCAUUGGGUGAUAUAGCUACCAGUCUGGAGAAUGCCAGGGAUUAUUUUAGGAGGAUGCCAGAGUUCGUGGAUCCAAACAAGUUUUUCAGUGUUCUGCGCAUAUAUUUGUCUGGUUGGAAAGGCAACCCCAAGAUGUCAGAGGGUCUGCUGUAUGAGGGGGUCUGGGACACCCCAAAAAAGUUUUCAGGGGGCAGCGCCGGCCAGAGCAGCAUCUUUCAGUGCCUCGACAUCCUUCUGGGAAUAGAGCAUGAGACUGGUGAAGGAUCUCCUGCGGAAUUCCUCCAGGAAAUGAGAGAGUACAUGCCUCCAGCCCACCGCGACUUCCUUUGCUCGUUAGAGUCCGGUCCCUCGCUCCGUGAGUUUGUCAUUUCACACGGUGAUGAAGACCUGAAGAUAGCAUAUAACGCGUGUGUGAACGGGCUGGUCUCUCUGAGAAGAUUCCACCUCGGCAUAGUCAGGACGUAUAUUGUGAAACCUUCGCAGAAGCUCAGGGGCGACUCUGGGUCAGAGGAAAACAGAGGGACUGGGGGUACUGACGUAAUGAAUUUCCUGACGAGUGUGAAGGAAGCGACUGAGAGGUGCUUAGUGUAGCAAGAUUGCAUUUGCUCAGUGCACAGAGACCUGCAUCCAUCCUGUUGUAGCAAGAUUGCAUUUGCUCAGUGCGCAGAGAUCUGCAUCCAUCCUGUCGUAGCUUGUUAAAUCAGACCCAUAGAGUAAGAGUAUGGAAUGAGUUACCAGUAAGGCACGAUUGAUUUCAAGAUCAUCUGUGGGAGAGUAACAAAAGAGAGCCAUCUAAUGAUAUUUAAAAAUGACAUAAGAAAAGUUAUAAAUUAUAUUGGUGAUUGGAAUAUGACAAUGAAGCUCAGUAAAUAAAAAUUCUUGUAAGGCUGAAUAAA